AUGUCGUCGUCUGCGUGCGACAAGAAGAAGCUGAAGACGGCGUGCGUGACCGGAGGGAACGGCUACAUCGGCUCCGCGCUCAUCAAGGUGCUGCUGGAGGAGGGCUACGCCGUGAAGACGACGGUCAGGAACCCCGAUGACAUGCAGAAGAACUCUCACCUCAAGGGAUUGCAGGAGCUUGGACCGCUGACGGUCCUCCGCGCCGACAUGGACGAAGAAGGCAGCUUCGACGACGCCGUCGCGGGCUGUGAUUACGCCUUCCUCGUCGCCGCCCCGGUGAACCUCUGGGCAAAGGAUCCAGAGAAAGAGCAGAUUGAGUCGUCUGUCCGAGGAACGCUGAACGUAAUGAGAUCGUGCGUGAAGGCCGGGACGGUGCGGCGCGUGAUCCUGACCUCGUCGGUGGCCGGAGUCUACAUCAGGCCGGACCUGCAAGGCGACGGGCACGUGCUGGACGAGGACUCCUGGUCCGACGUCGACUACCUCAGAGCAAACAAGCCGCCAACCUGGGGAUACUGCGUGUCAAAGGUGCUCCUGGAGAAGGAGGCGUGCAGGUUCGCGGACGAGCACGGCAUCAGCCUCGUCACCGUCUGCCCCGUCCUCACCGUCGGCGCAGCGCCGGCACCCAAGGUCCGCACCAGCAUCAUCGACAGCCUCUCCAUGCUGUCCGGCGACGAGGCCGGGUUCGCCGUGCUCAGAGGCAUCGAGACGACCUCCGGCGCGCUAACGCUGGUCCACAUCGACGACCUCUGCCGCGCCGAGCUGUUCCUGGCAGAGGCGGACGCGGCUGACGGGAGGUACAUCUGCUGCAGCCUCAACACGACCGUCGUCGAGCUCGCGCAUUUCCUGGCACACAAGUACCCGCAAUAUGGCGUGAAGACAAAUUUCGACGACGAUGAGCAGCUCCUGGAGAGGCCGAGAGUGAUCAUGUCGUCGGAGAAGCUGGUCCGGGAAGGAUUUCAGUACAGGCACAACACGCUGGAUGAGAUAUACGACAACGUGGUUGAGCUUGGAUUCUCCAGCGAGAGGAACCGUGUCACUGCUCUGUUCUGCAGGUUGGCAGCAUAUCAUCAGGCAAGUGGUGAAGUUGCUAGUCGGCAUCAAUAUCAGCAAAAAAUCGUCACUGCAAAGCUCUGA